UUUAUUCUGAAGAGAGAGAGAACGAGAGUGCAGGCGACCCCUGCUCUCUGCACGCAAGGCCUGGAGACAUGAACUGAAGUGAUCCCUGUUGGUCCAGCAUUGGGUGCCGAUGGACGGCUGGUGGUCUCACGCAGCGACUACCUGGUUGGAGGACUGUCUGAGCUCAGGUAGAAUCAACAGGAGUUCGUGACCAAGAGGAUGUAGUAACCAAAUGGAGAGAAAAGAAGGCUAACUUCUAGAGCAAGCCUGGGACGCGGAGGCGCACCUGUGUGUAGACAUGCAACUACAUGCGUGUACAUGGAGCUUUGGCUUGAUGUCUUCCGUCUCUGCCUUGAGGAGAAUUGGAUGUGACUGUGGCCAUGAAUGCUGACCAGGUGAUGCGAAGCUGAUUCCUGGAGGCUGACGGGAUUCCCCCUGGCUCAUUGGUCAGCUGAACUCUGCAGGCUGGGGAGAGCCAAGCUUCGUGAGCCUGUAUCGAGGCUGCUGAUGAUACAAAUGAGGCCGGCUGGCAGGCUUUGGUGCACGGAACUCAGCUCAGAGCCAAGCCUCCUCCUCCUCCUCUUCCUCCCCCUGAGCAUCUCUGCGAAUCAUAGCUUCCAGCUAUUAAACUAAAAAUGCAUCUUUCACUGUCAAGAAGCCAUGCCACAGACAUCCAAGAGUCCUUAGCUAUGCAAGUUUGCUAUCUUGGCCUAGAAAUGGGGCAGCUGAGCCAACUUAAUAUCUUCCUUCAAGAAUCUGCCGGCGCUGAUGCCAAGAAUGUUCACCAGCUGUCUCUGGCUCUGAUGAGCGAUGAACCAGAGGAGCCCAGAGGAGCCACAUUUGACCUGUUGUGAAUUCAGCUUCUACCACCGGCGUGGGGCCCGAAGACAGGCCCCAGGCAAGGGGCUGGGCCAUGUUCAGCCCUCAUCUCAGCAGAAGGGCUUCCGAUGGAGGACCAGCCGGCAGAGGGCCCGGGCCCGGGCCUGCAGCACCCAGCCUUACAGGCAACGGUGAGAUGGAAGUGGUCAGAGUCAUGCUGAUUAUAGUCCUCAGCCUUUCCUACUUUUAUAACUUCUUCCUGGGAUUGGAAUUCACCUAUAUGAUUCCUCAAACUACGUGCGUUUUCCUCAUGGCUGUCUUCCUCACUUUCUUCACCGGUGUCCUUCUGCUCUCCGCACUCCUACUGUAUCACAUAAAGCUAAGACAAGGCAAAUCCGUGUACUACUCUAAUUAUCAUCUCACCUGGAACAUUUCCACGGCCUACAUUAGCAUUUUCUUCCAUUUUGCCUCUGGACUCUUCUCUCUCCUAGAGUACCAGCGGGUCGUGAAGAAUAGUGCCUCUGAACCCACCAUGGAAAACUUUGGCCAAGACAGUGACAUGAGACAGCAGUCUGGGAGUUCUAUCCAAGUGAUUUCAUUACCAGAGCGCAGCUCCGUUCUACCCAGCAUCGUCCAGGUGCACUCUGAUCCAUCCAAGGAAGAUAGGCUCCCGAAGCCCUCACAAAUGCAAAAACGCCGGGUAACCUGGGCUAUGUGACUUGAUCGUCCAUCACUCCUACGUGCUCAUCUCAAUGAAAACCUUUUCCUGUGCCUGUUUCUGGGUGGAUGUUCAACCGUGUUGUCUGUAAAUGACUGUGACCUGGUUGACAUCUGUCAGAAAAUCCAGAAUACGGCUUUAAAAAAAAAGUCCCUUCCCUGCUGAACUACUUCUUUCUAUUUGAUGUCACCAUUUAAUAACAUUUGUUAAAAAUGUAAUAAAUGUUGCAUAACGAA